GAGGAGGAGUGGGGACCGGGCGGGGGGUGGAGGAAGAGGCCUCGCGCAGAAGAGGGAGCAAUUGAAUUUCAAACACAAACAACUGCACGAGCGUGCACCCACCGCGCCGGAGCUUUGCCCCUGAUCCGCGCCCGCCCCGUCCGUGCGGCGCGCGGGCGGAGACGCCGUGGCCGCGCCGGAGCUCGGGCCGGGGGCCACCAUCGAGGCGGGGGCCGCGCGAGGGCCGGAGCGGAGCGGCGCCGCCACCGCCGCACGCGCAAACUUGGGCUCGCGCUUCCCGGCCCGGCGCGGAGCCCGGGGCGCCCGGAGCCCCGCCAUGUCGCGAUCCAACCGGCAGAAGGAGUAUAAAUGCGGGGACCUGGUGUUCGCCAAGAUGAAGGGCUACCCACACUGGCCGGCCCGGAUUGACGAGAUGCCUGAGGCCGCCGUGAAAUCCACAGCCAACAAAUACCAAGUCUUUUUUUUCGGGACCCACGAGACGGCAUUCCUGGGCCCCAAAGACCUCUUCCCUUACGAGGAGUCCAAGGAGAAGUUUGGCAAGCCCAACAAGAGGAAAGGGUUCAGCGAGGGGCUGUGGGAGAUCGAGAACAACCCUACCGUCAAGGCUUCUGGCUACCAGUCCUCCCAGAAAAAGAGCUGCGUGGAAGAGCCGGAGCCGAAGGCCGACGCCGCUGAGGGUGACGGCGAUAAGAAGGGGAACGCAGAGGGCAGCAGCGACGAGGAAGGGAAGCUGGUCAUCGACGAGCCGACCAAGGAGAAGAAUGAGAAGGGGGCGCUGAAGAGGAGAGCAGGGGACCUGCUGGAGGACUCCCCCAAACGUCCCAAGGAGGCAGAAGACCCCGAAGGCGAGGAGAAGGAGGUGGCCGCCUUGGAGGGUGAAAGGCCCCUUCCAGUGGAGGCAGAGAAGAACAGCACCCCUUCUGAGCCCAGCUCUGGCCGGGGGCCUCCUCCGGAGGAAGAAGAGGAAGAAGAAGAAGAAGAAGAAGAAGAAGAGGCCGCCAAGGAAGAUGCUGAGGCCCCGGGCAUCAGAGAUCAUGAGAGCCUGUAGCCACCAAUGUUUCAAGAGGAGCCCCCGCCCCGUUCCUGCUGCUGUCUGGGUGCUACUGGGGAAACUGGCCAUGGCCUGCAAACUGGGAACCCCUUCCCCACCCCCACCCGCUCUCCUCUUCCAUUCACUCUCCCCCUUCUGAGCUCAGCCCCUGGAGAUUGAUCUGGAUGGGGCAGGCCACCUGGCCCUCACCUCUAUGUCCCCACACCAGUGUGAUCCGAGUCAGGUCCAUGUCUUCUGCUCCGUAGGAUGAGGUGAGGCCGUUGUGUCUCUCCCUACCUGGAGCUGUUUCCCAGCGCAUUUGUUGGGGCCUCGACUGGCUCUUUCCAUCUCCCGACACCCUUCUCCCCCUCCCCCGGGCAUUCUAGACCUCUGGGUUGGUUGGGAUCAGGGUCAUGAGUGGAAGGGAUGGAAGCCUAGGUGGGCUUCUGGGGCCUGGGAAGGGCAGUCUUCACAUUGGGGUAGGGAGUGGACAGGAGGCUCUAGCAUCUCCUUGAGCUCCUGGCCCUUCCUCCCACACCUGUCAUCCCAGCUCCCUAGAUUCAGGGAAAGUGGGAUAGCUUUGGGGGGAGGGGCCCCCUUCCACAAAUCCUUCCUCAUUGGCAAUGUCCCUUCUCCUUUGCUGACCCUGCGUGUCAUGGGAAUUGGAGUCUCUCAUCCCACGAUUUGGGGGCUUGCAGGUUCUUUGGGCCAAGGACCUGAGAUCUGAAGGCUUGACUUCACCCAGCUUGGGUGGAAGUGUUGAGGAGUAUCCACCCACCUUUAGAUCUCAGACCAGAGAUGGGAUGCCCUGGGGAGAUCCUUAGCUGCCCUUUUUCCUCUCCCCACAGUGCUCAAGGCCAGCCUACAGUCCAUAUGUCACCCAGACAUUAAGGAAAAGACACAUUUUUUAGGAAAUGUUUUUAAUAAAAGAAAAUUACAAAAAAAAAUUUUAAAGACCCUCCCCACCCCUUUGUGUGCCACCCCCCCUCCCCGACUCUGCUCCUUUCUUCCCCAAUGUUGCUCCCAUUUCUGAGGUGCACUGGGAGGCUCCCCUUCUGUUUGGGGCUUGAUGACUUUUCUUUUUGUAGCUGAGGCUUUGGUGUUCCUUCUGGUGUCAUUUCCCAUCCACAUACCCCCAUCUGGUCCCCUCAGUGUCGUCACCAGAUCAGAUUUGUAACCCACCGAGAGGCCAGAGGGAAUUAAGCGCCCUCUCCCAACCUCUUUCUAGUGGUCUCUCUGCCUCUUCCGUCUCUUGUCUCUUUGACCCUUGCCCCUCUCCCUUGGGCUCUGAUGAAAAAUUGCUGACUGUAGCUUUGAAGUUUAGCUCUGAGAACCGUAGAUGAUUUCAGUUAUAGGAAAAUAAAACCCAUUGAUUACUA